AUGGGUUCGGACCCUCAAUAUGCGUCGUAUCCCAACUUGCUCCUCUCGCAACACAUAUUCACUCUAAAAACUGCCUCCUUGAGCUCUAAUCAUGCCGCUGCUCAAAAAACUUUGACUGCAUCCAUCAAGGAACACUCCCAGGCGCCGCUGUAUCGCUACUUGGCGCACCCAGUGGAUGGUAUUCUCUCGGGCAAGAUUGAUUGGGACGAAAAGUUCUACGAAGAGCUUAAGAAAAGCAACGAUGAUGAGCUCGAGGGGUAUGAGAAGGAGCUAAAGGAGGUAGAGGAGAAGGCCGGAGAAUCAGAGGUCGUUGAAGCUAUGGGAAAGAAGGCAGAGUUUUGGGCCAGGGUUGUCGAUAAGGAGAAAGCUCUCGCUGCCUAUGAAGAGUUGUACACAAAAACUCCAACUCUUGGUGCCAAGAUUGACAUAGUCCUUGCCAUAAUCCGCAUGGAGAUGUUUUACGACGACAAGAUGGCCGUAAAGAAGAGUGUUGAGCGUGCUAGACGGCUUAUCGACACUGGUGGAGAUUGGGAUCGCCGUAACCGCCUCAAGUCCUACACUGGUCUUCAUCUCCUCUCAAGCCGUCAAUACGCCGAGGCCGCGCCACUAUUGCUUGAUUCACUAUCAACCUUCACAUCCACCGAAAUCUGCACAUACUCCUCGUUAGUCCUAUAUGCGGUUCUCGCCGGUACUAUAUCAUUAAACCGUGUUGAUUUCAAAGCAAAAGUUAUCGAUUCGGCUGAGGUUCUGGCCGUACUUGGAUCCAAGAGUGGUGGGGCUGUAUCUGUGGGUGAUGUCGAGAUGAUUGACGCCGACAUGGAGAACACAGAUGGAUAUUCUUCGCUAGAGACACUGGUAAACAGCUUGUACCUAUGUGACUACAAGAGUUUCUUUGUGGCACUUGCGGAGGUUGAAGAAAGAUUCUUAAGUAAGGACCGCGUAUUGGCUGAGCACAAGGCUUGGUACGUUCGUGAAAUGAGGAGAAGAUCUUAUGCACAGCUCCUUGAAUCAUACCGUGUUGUCGGACUGGAAAGCAUGGCUAAUGCCUUUGGUGUUUCCGUUGAAUGGCUUGAUCGUGACCUUUCGAAAUUUAUCCCAUCCAAAAAGCUCAAUUGCACCAUUGACCGUGUAAAUGGUGUCAUUGAGACAAACCGGCCAGACGAUAAGAACAAGCAAUACCAGGAUGUUGUAAAGCAGGGAGAUCAGUUGCUUACCAAGCUGCAAAAGUUCGGUCAAGCUGUCAGGUUGAGGGGUAGCGAAAGAGCCUAG